GAUGCUUUUGCCUCUGUGAUCCUACCCACACAGAGUUCGACUAUAAUAUACACUGUCACUCCCCCAACUCUCUCUCCAUCUCCUGUCUAACACACCGUUGGACUGUUACACCGUACCGGGCUAUCUAUCAGAAACGCUCAAUAUCAAUUACAGCGGGUCUUGAGUUCAUUUAGCUUUGACUGCUUUGACUUGACCAGGCUCGAGUCUUCAUCCACAAAGCUCGUUCUUCACCCUUUCACAGAGCCAUCUGUCGACGGGUUACCUUCCAUACUCUGCCAUCAUGUGCGACUUUACCAAAAACUAUUACAUCUAUAUGUCAUGUACCGAUCCCGGAACGCAUUUUUGCAAGACCUCGAUCGACGGAAGCCGAGAGUAUGCUUGCUCAAAGGGACCUCAUGAACGCUACAUUGUGCUUCCUGAAAACUGCCCGCUAUGUUGCGGAUGAAGCGGACACGAUGUUGGAAGAGCCUACAUGAUCAGAGACAAAGCAUGCCCUGCCAGCGAGAAUCCCAUCAUGUUAACUAGGGAGGAGCCUCAAAACCUACCUUGGUGUAGAACUGGGCCCUGGCGACGUGCUUGAGGCGGCAAAGGCACUUUGACUGCCACCCUGAGCUCUCGGAAACGGGUAAAGGGUUCGAAUUUGAGCGUAACAACCCCUGGCCUCGGCCUCCCAGAAGGUCCUACAGGAAGGGAAAUAGGAAAUGGCCAGACAAAUAACGGGACAAAGAAAGGAUACGUGUAGUUCCAUGAUGAAGGAUAAUCAGGAGACACAAAAGAAGACGAAACGAAACCAGCGCUUAAUAGUCAAGUUUGAAAGUUGAAACUACUACUGAAUUCCACGGUCUAGUUCUGCUGGCAUGUCGAUAUUUUGUAUUGAGAUUACAAAAUUCAAUUAUGGAAGACAAAAUGCAAAGACGUCGAAAAACAAGGCAGCACAUAUGAUAAGUGUUGCUAUAACUAGUGCGGUCAUGGAACUCUAGCGAGCUGGACCAAAUAGAUAGUAUUGAAAUUAAUAGAUCGUAUGUAUAGUAUAUUGGAAAGUGUUGGAAACUACUCUAAUGAAUCUUUCCCCAUGUCCAUGAUCGAAGGAUUCUCAACCCUAGUGGUGUUGCGAGUAUGGCGAGAGCAGGCGAGGCGUACACCAGCGGCAAGAGUCAUUGUUGCCUUUGACCCAGGCUCUACAGACCAACCACGACAAUACACGCAUCCAGAAGAUGUUAAUGGUUGUAGUUAUCACGGAAACGAACAAGGAUGAACCUGGUGUUUCUGCUGACUGGAUGGGUGCAUCGGGGUUGAUCUCUAGCGACCAAUGUCAUGUUGGCGAUUGAGGCGUGUCUUGAUUAGUCCACCUGCUUCAUACUAUCUCAGGUAGGCAAAACGUGCCUUAGUACGCAAGCUAGGGCUUCUGGAACGAUAAGCCACUAACGAUGAAUCGAGACUUCCAACACCCCCACCAAGCAAUCCCUCUGAAACAAAAGACAGCGUACGUAUAUACAAAACAAGGAUAAACAACAGAU